AUGUUGAAAUUAUCUACUGCAAGGUCGGUUACGAGACUAUCUCAACUCUAUAAUGUUCCGGCCGCCACGUAUAGGCUAAAGGGUUCUGCCUGUCUGGCUAAUAUGAGGUUUUAUUCUCCCCCCGCAGCAGGUGUAAAUUUGGACGAUACCUUUUCACUAGAAACCCAUACGGAUAUCCAGGCUGCUGCAAAGGCACAGGCUAGUGCCCGUGCUAGUGCAUCAGGAACUACUCCUGAUGCCGUAGUGGCCUCUGGAAGUACUGCCAUGAGUCAUGCUUAUCAAGAGAACACUGGAUUUGGUACCCGUCCUAUAUAUCUUGACAUGCAAGCCACAACCCCAACAGACCCUAGGGUUUUAGACACCAUUUUAAAGUUCUACACAGGACUUUAUGGUAAUCCUCAUUCCAACACUCACUCUUACGGUUGGGAAACUAAUACUGCCGUUGAGAACGCUAGAGCCCAUGUGGCCAAGAUGAUUAACGCUGACCCCAAGGAAAUAAUAUUCACCUCGGGUGCCACCGAGUCUAAUAACAUGGUUCUUAAAGGUGUUCCAAGAUUCUAUAAAAAGACCAAGAAACACCUCAUCACCACUAGAACAGAACACAAGUGUGUUUUGGAAGCUGCAAGAGCCAUGAUGAAAGAAGGGUUUGAAGUCACUUACUUGAACGUGAACGAUCAAGGGCUUAUCGAUUUGAAGGAAUUAGAAGCUGCUAUUAGACCARAUACAUGCCUUGUCUCUGUGAUGGCUGUCAAUAAUGAAAUUGGUGUUAUUCAACCCAUCAAAGAAAUCGGGGCCAUCUGUAGGAAGAACAAGAUCUAUUUCCACACGGACGCCGCACAGGCUUACGGUAAAAUCCCUAUGGAUGUUAAUGAAAUGAACAUCGAUCUAUUAUCCAUUUCGUCCCAUAAGAUAUAUGGUCCAAAGGGUAUCGGUGCCAUCUAUGUAAGAAGAAGACCAAGAGUUAGACUAGAACCAUUGCUAUCCGGUGGUGGCCAAGAAAGAGGUUUAAGAUCAGGAACUUUAGCACCUCCAUUGGUAGCAGGGUUCGGUGAAGCUGCAAGACUAAUGAAAGAGGAAUUUGACAACGAUCAAGCACACAUCAAGAGGUUAUCUGACAAACUAGUCAACGGUUUGUUAUCUGCCGAGCAUACUACAUUGAAUGGAUCUCCCGAUCAUCGUUAUCCAGGUUGUAUUAACGUUUCAUUUGCCUAUGUGGAAGGUGAGUCUCUAUUAAUGGCACUAAGAGAUAUCGCAUUAUCCUCAGGUUCAGCCUGUACGUCUGCUUCCUUAGAACCUUCUUAUGUUCUACAUGCAUUGGGUAAGGAUGAUGCUUUGGCUCAUUCUUCCAUCAGGUUUGGUAUCGGUAGAUUCAGUACCGAGGAGGAAGUCGACUAUGUCGUUAAGGCCGUUGCUGAUAGAGUAAAGUUUUUGAGGGAACUUUCACCAUUGUGGGAAAUGGUCCAAGAAGGUAUCGAUCUAAAUUCUAUUAAAUGGUCAGGUCAUUGA